AAAAAUGUAUAAAACAAAAAAUAAGAAAAUAAAAAAUUCAAGCUAAAGUUUGAAAAACACCGUCCACGCUAUAUCACCUUCGUUUCUUCUUCUUCCUUCGCGAAACCUGACUUUACUUGUCCAAAAAGGCGUUCAUCUUUCUUUCUUCUCCUUUUUUUUCCUCUUCACAAUACUCUUUUACGAAAAUCUAGGGUUUCAAAACUUCAUAGUAGCUACUACCAGAAAAUAAUAAUCAUCAUCCUCAUCCUCAUCUUCUUCUUGUUCUAUAUGACGACUAUGGAGAGCUUAAUCGGAUUGGUUAACAGAAUCCAGCAAGCUUGUACUAAGCUUGGUGACUAUGGCGGUUCUGACAACAACACGUUUUCAUCUCUCUGGGAAGCUCUUCCUUCCGUUGCCGUCGUUGGUGGCCAGAGUUCCGGUAAGUCUUCGGUUUUGGAAAGUAUCGUUGGACGUGACUUUCUACCUAGAGGAUCAGGGAUUGUGACAAGGCGUCCACUGGUAUUGCAGCUUCAUAAGGUAGAUGAUGGUGAAAGGGAAUAUGCUGAGUUUCUUCACAGACAAGGGAGAAAGAUAACCGAUUUUGCUGUAGUACGCCAAGAAAUCCAGGAUGAAACAGACAGGGUUACGGGAAAGACAAAGCAAAUAUCUCCUAUUCCAAUUCAUCUUAGCAUUUAUUCUCCAAAAGUUGUCAACCUAACUUUGAUUGAUUUGCCGGGGUUGACGAAAGUUGCUGUAGAUGGACAGCCUGAGAGUACUGUUGAGGAUAUUGAAACUAUGGUUCGAUCUUAUGUUGAGAAGCCUAACUGUAUCAUACUGGCUAUAUCUCCAGCCAACCAGGACAUAGCAACUUCCGAUGCUAUCAAACUUUCCAGGGAAGUGGAUCCCACAGGUGAAAGAACAUUUGGAGUGUUGACAAAGCUGGAUUUGAUGGACAAAGGAACUAAUGCAUUGGAUGUUCUUGAAGGUAGAUCUUAUCGUCUACAACAUCCUUGGGUUGGUAUAGUAAAUCGAUCUCAAGCAGAUAUCAACAAAAAUGUGGAUAUGAUUAUUGCCAGACGCAAGGAGGUUGAGUAUUUUGAGACCAGUCCUGACUAUGGCCACUUAGCCAGUAAAAUGGGUUCAGUAUACCUUGCAAAACUUCUCUCACAGCACUUGGAGUCAGUUAUUAGGGCACGUAUACCUAGUAUAACAUCUUUGAUAAACAAAAGCAUUGAAGAACUUGAGUCGGAGAUGGACCAUCUCGGGAGACCAAUUGCUGUUGAUGCAGGGGCUCAACUAUACACCAUCCUCGAACUUUGCCGCAAGUUUGAACGGGUAUUCAAAGAGCACUUAGAUGGAGGGCGGCCAGGAGGAGACAGGAUAUACAAUGUCUUUGACAAUCAGCUUCCUGCUGCUUUACGAAAGCUUCCGAUUGACAAACAUCUUUCUCUUCAGAAUGUGAAGAGAGUGGUGUCAGAGGCGGAUGGUUACCAGCCUCAUUUAAUUGCCCCAGAGCAAGGUUACCGGCGACUAAUUGAGGGGGCUCUCAGUUACUUUAGAGGCCCAGCCGAAGCUUCGGUUGAUGCAGUUCACUUCGUCUUAAAAGAACUUGUGAGAAAAUCAAUAGGUGAAACUGAGGAAUUGAGACGUUUCCCUACUCUUCAAGCUGAAUUAUCUGCAGCUACAAAUGAGGCUCUAGAGAGAUUCCGUGAAGCAAGUAAGAAGACAACUAUCCGGCUUGUGGAUAUGGAGUCUUCGUAUCUUACUGUGGAUUUCUUCCGGAAACUUCCUCAAGAAAUGGAGAGAGCUGGUAAUCCAGCUCAAUCUACUAAUCCAGCUCAACCUAGUAAUCCAUCUAAUCGUUCUGGCCCAAACCCAAACGAGGACCGAUAUGGUGAGGGGCAUUUUAGAAGGAUUGGAUCAAAUGUGUCGUCCUACAUAGGUUUGGUGUCAGACACACUCAGGAUUACUAUUCCGAAGGCUGUGGUUUAUUGUCAGGUCAGAGAAGCAAAACAAUCAUUGCUAAGUUAUUUCUUCACACAAAUUGGGAAGAAAGAGGCUAAACAACUAUCACAGUUGUUAGAUGAAGAUCCUACAGUGAUGGAGAGAAGACAACAAUGUUUUAAAAGACUUGAACUAUAUAAAGCAGCAAGGGAUGAAAUUGAUUCGGUUUCUUGGAUACGAUGAACUUGGUUGCUAUUUAACUGUCUUCAGUUUGCUGUAUUAUACGUAGUCUAUAGUUAUUGAUGAUGGGUUGAGUGGGACCCAAAUAUGAUUUUAUAGUUUGUAUUAUUUUAUUGCUCAGCCAUUUUUUAUUUUCUAGAUUUGUUUGACCAUGUUAAUUGAUUAUUUUGUUUAUUGUACGAAGAGUUGAUAUAUACAUCAGCAGCAACAUGGAUUACGAACUA